UCAAGCGUUCGGACUCUGCCAACUUAAUCAGCACGGCACGUGCAAAGAUCUUAUUUUCUACACUCAAACAGUUACGAAAAUGUCGAAACGCAUGAAUGAAAUCAUCCUCAGAAAUCAUUAUUGGCCCAACAAAUUUGAGCAUCGGCAGAGAGAGUUUAAACUGAAUAAUAAAGUGGCGCUGAGAAAGAACAGACCAGGAGCUGCGGAAUGCAUCAGUGAGAUGAGCGUCUUGAUGGCUUGCUGGAAGAAACAUGACUACAACGACGCUGACUGCAUCGAAGAAAUCAAAGUCUUCCAGAAAUGCUGCACGGAAGCCCAGAAAGUGAAGAGAGACGCCAAAAUUGCAGAGAAGAGCGGCAAAAUUGCCGGCAAGAUGACAGGCAAGCAAGUCACGAACCUCCUGCAGCAGUACCCACAACCAAGGUGACGAAAAAGCCGACUCAAGCCCAAAUGUAAAUACUUCUAGUAAAUGACAUGAAUGAGAGAUUGUAGGCUGCAUGCUGGUUUAGACUCCGUGUGUGAACAAGAGAGGGCGCUGUCACUAAGCAAUGAUAUCGUACAAGAAGGGCAUUUGCUUAUUUACUUGUUCACGCAUAUUGUUCAUUGACCCCAGUGAUCGCAUUUCUAUUAAUGAGGAGGGCAAUUGUGAUGUGAUCGAGCUAAAUGAGUCGUUUGUCGGGAACUUUCAGUUGCAGAUUCAGGCCAAAGUAGGGCCACUUCAUCACAUCACUUCAUUACAUCUCUUGGUGUUCUGAAUUCCAUAAUGUUUUUAACUAAACAUGGUAUCAGCAUGCGGUUUUCACAGCAGUAACGCUGAGAUGGUGCUCUUUUCAAAUCUGUAAAAAAAAAAAAUUGACCAGGGUCGACAAACGACUCAUUUAGCUUGAUCACAUCACAUUUGUGCUUGAAUCCCAGGCUGACCUGGGCAGAGCACUUGCUUGGCUGCACCCGUGAGAAGCCUCAGUUUUGGCUCAAUGAGGUGGGAUUUUUUUAAUAAUACGUGUAGUUGCCACAAUAUUGUCGCCAAAACUGUGGUGUCCCAUGCUUUUGCCGUGAUUGUUCACCAAAGUACACAUUACAUGAACCUUCAUCUUGUUUGAAUGAACCUGUUAAACAGCUCUUUUACAACUUCGAAAAGUUUAGGUAUAUGGACAUUUGAGAAGAAUUCCAUACAAGGACAUCACGACUUUUUCCCUUCAGUGACCUACAUGCAUCAGCCAUCAGAAAGCGAUAACAUGCCCUAAAAAGUCAAAUUUAACAGGGAAAAUAUUGAAGCAUUUACUGAGAAAACACUUGGCAUUUUUCAGACCAGUCUCAUAGGGUUUGUGCGCAGGGUGUCAAGUGAUGUCCAGGUAUGGAACUCUUUCCGGAUAUUUAACCACCACAAGAUGUUGCCAAAACUGUGGUGUCCCUUGCAUGUGCAGUGAUCACAUUUUCCCAGACUCGUACAUUUACAAGAAAAAGCACACUGAACACUUUAACUGACGAUUAUGAUUAAAUAAUACAGUUUUAUUAGAUCAUUAAUAAUGUACAAAUGUACAAAGGUUUGGGUUUAUUUAUUCCUAAAUAAGAAAGAUCCAGACAGUGCAUGUGAAUGUUUUCAUUUGUGGCCUAUUGCGGAGUAAUGAACCAGAAAAGCAAGUGAAGCCAGUUUGCUCAGCGUAUUAUUUCAAUGCCAUACAAGAUCAUUUAUCUUCAAAAUAAACUUGAAUUCUUCAUCCUGAUUGGUCGAUCCAUGGCAACAAACCGUGCUACUUUAUCCCAUUUAGCAAGGUCCAUAUCGCACUCCGCGUAUUUGAUGAUGCGAGCGCCAUUCCAGCUGCACGCACGGAUAACUACAGUAAAAGACGACUGUAAAUAUAAGCAUGCUCGUUCACUUUACUGUGCGUCAAGUUUGCUUAAAGAUAAAUUUGUUAUCCCACUCGCGCUCGUGGAACACGGAAAAUGUAGUGCGUCUGAGCCCACAUACAACUCGGCCUGCGGCCUCAUGGCAUGUGAGACACAGAAGCACUACAUUAUUCCAUGUUCCACUCACGCUCGUGGGAUUAUACAUACGUAGUUUGAGCCAACUCUAAUAUUUUACAAUCAAUCUGAAUCAGAAAUGCCAUAAUUUGUUUAAAGCAUUAACAAGAAUCAACUUCAAAUCUAACCCCGUAAAUUGAACUUUCAUGGUGUAAAUUCUCACCGAGUGGUUUAGAAGCUAUUGUAAAGUAAAAUAAAAUUUAAAAACCCUACAAGGUGAACAUUACAUGAUGUCACUUUACAAUGAAGCUAAAAACACAUAAUACCGUCAUCUGGAAGAAUUUAUAAUACAAUUCAAUAUAGGCUCACCUCCUAAAUAUCGAACAUGACGUUCAAAUGUAAAGGCAAACACAUAAACUUAAAUCUAAUGUAUAAAGAGGUUUUAUUUAUUAUUUACAUUCAAUAUACCGUAGUCCUAUAGUAUGUGCUGUUUUCCUAGGGAAAUAAACUACACUCUUCAAACAUUCUAUGGGAGUACCUAAUCAGUGGCAGUGUUUAAGGGAAAAAAAGUUGUUGUAAAGCGGAUUUUAGAUUGUGUUGCAUUUAUUUCAUAUUGUGAUUUCUGACCCCCCCCC